AUGAAGAUGAGCCCUCGAGUCUUUUGGGUAUGCGCCGUGAGCGGUGAGCCGCAGGCCAGCGGUGGGGCCGCUGCGAGCAGCAGCCGUCGCACCGAAGGAGGAGGCACUGCCGACGACGGAGUGGCAGUGGCGCCGGAGGACCGGGGGAAGUGCCCCCAGCUCUACAUUCCCGUGCUGGAGUCCCCGCCGUCGCCAUCGGCGGUGGCGGUGUUCCCGGUGAUGGAGCCGCGCCUCGUAAGGAUGGGGCCGCCUUCGAGCGCCACCGAGGCUCGAGGAGCACCGGCGCCGGCGCCAGCACCCGAGCCAAGCAGGCCAGCGGAGCCGGGGCAGGCAGACGUGGCGAUGGAGGCGGGGACGACAGAAGCGGCGACCGUGUCAGGGCCAGCAGAUGCGGCGGCCGUGAUGGGGCCGGCGGACGCGGCAGCCGAGGCGGGGACGCAGCCAUCACCCGAGCACCUGGCGCCAGUCGAACCUACCCCGGGCGUGCCAAGCCCGGGGUGGAUGAUGGCGUUGCAAGUUUUGGGGUCCCCGACUCCCCCAGAGGAGGCUCGCGGGGAACCCAGCGCCCAACCGGCGCCCGGCCAGCCCACCGACCCCCUCCCAGUCGCGAUCGAGAGCGUCCGGGUGGCGGUCAAGCGGCUGGGCGCGGCGGUGGACGUGGAGCUGGCGCAGCUCGAGGCGGAGCGCGCCAGGCUGGACGCGGAGAGGGCGCGGCUUACGACGGCCUGGCGCUCCUUCGAAGCUCGGCUCGUCGUGGCGCGCACCACCAACGAGGAAGAGCAAAGCGCCAUGGAUGAGUCCCACGUCACCGUCAUGGAGGAAGAAUUUGCAUGUUUCCAGGACCAGAAGUUCAAGGAUCUCGCUUAG